GAACUGAUGGCACUGAAGGAGGCGGGGAUCCUGACCCCGGUGGACAGCAGCGAGUUUGCAUCGCCCAUCGUGCCGGUCGUCAAAAAGAAUGGAGACAUAAGAAUCUGCGGCGACUACAAGUCAACAAUCAACCCGUGCUUGGAGGUCGACAACUAUCCGCUCCCCAGGAUAGAAGAGAUGUUUGCAACGCUGGCAGGAGGGAAGUUUUUCUCAAAGCUGGACCUGUCAAAAGCCUACCUACAGCUGGAGAUGCAUCCUGCAGCGCGGAAGUACCUCACCAUCAACACCCAGUUGGGGCUGUUCCAAGUGAACCGUCUUCCCUUCGGCAUAGCAUCUGCACCCUCCAUUUUUCAAAGAACUAUGGAUCAAGUGCUUCAAGGGCUGCCGCAGACCACCUGCUACCUGGACGACAUCCUGGUGACUGGCAGAACGAAGGAAAAUCCUAGGCCCAACGACCGGGAUCCCUACAAUGACAGCAGCGAGGCUCCAGAGGUGGGCCUGUCAGCUAGCCGCACACCGCUACACCAUCGUCCACCGGUCUUCCGAGGGAAAUGCCAAUGCAGACUGCUUGUCAAGACUCCCAAAAGCAACGGACAACCCCAACACAGACGCCGUCGACGAAACGUUCGCCUUCUACUGAACACCCGGCACCCGACAACAAGAGAGUCGCCGGCCCAGUUGAUGCUACAGCGGCAUCUUCGCACCAGACUGGACCUCCUGAAACCAUCAGUUGCAGACUGUGUGGCCAGCGCACACUACCGCCAACAGCGGCAACACCCAGGACAAGAGCGGGCUUUCACGGCAGGAGACCAAGUCUAUGCCAGAGAUUAUCGAAGUGGUCACAAGUGGCAGCCAGGAACGGUCGCUGCCCAAACUGGUCCAGUGUCUUUCCAAGUGCAAGUCUCCCCGGGACGGGUAUGGCGAAGGCAUCAGGACCAGUUGCUCCGAGCACCGUCGCAAGACUCCGGACCUUCAGAGUCUCGUCCAGACGAAGCGGGAGGGGUGUCUGCCACGGCUUGGACAGACAGCACACCGGAAGACAGCGCAGGCGACAGAUGCCUUUCACAGGCCUCUUUGCCUGCACCAUCCGAAGUCCCGAGGCCAAGAAGCAACACCCAGGAUGCUGAGACGCUCGUGGAUGCAGAUAAUAGUGACGGAGAGCGACGGUAUCCCGUGCGAGAUCGGCGCAAGCCUCGAAGGCUAAUAGAAGAAUGAAAAAAAAAAAAAAAAAAAAAGCGACGGACUUUU